AUGGUCAGUCCUUGUACGAGCAAAAAACAUCAGAACACGCUGCCAUGGCUCGACGUGGCGCCGAAUGCUGUCCUGGUCCAUAUACGCCUGGAGUGGGCGAAAAGGGCUCUUGUCUUUCUCCGUACGAGCCACCUCGACCCGGAUCAGAUGACCAGUAUUUUUGGUGGCCCACUGGCUGAUGCGGCCGGCUUCGCCCAUCGCGUCCCAGAUGGCUCGUACGAGCUGCUCAGUGCCUUCUGCAUCUUCUUUCGGAGUUUUGAUUGA